GAACGAGUGAUGUAUUGCAAUGAGUACUGAAUGCAAGUGCUGUACAACUCAUUGCAAACGUCACACAAAAGUGUUGUUUUUCGGUACGAAUGCAACAAAUGUUUGGUUUGUUGUCUUCAUUUCAAUCACUUGUCAUUUGAUUUGACUCUAGUAUUGAUAUUAACAUUAAUAUUAAGACAUUUCAUCGCAAACCAUAUAAUGAUGGGUCAGAAGCCUUCAUCGAUGUCUUCGCCAUCAAGUCCUGAACAUAUCAUAUAUGACUUCGAGAGAGACAUCACUGUUACGAGACAUCAACGAUUCAAACAUCCGAGCGCCGCCUUCUUCCACAUCAUAUUCAAAGUGUCAUCGAUUGUCACCUAUUUGUUCGGCGGUCUCUUCGGACAGGACUUUCUGUCGAUAUUUGUUUUGCUAAUUAUGUUGAUUUCGAUGGACUUCUGGACCGUGAAGAACGUGACGGGAAGACUAUUAGUGGGUCUU